GGGGGCGUCAGCGGCGUUGUAACCGUCUUUUGUUUUGAACUGAAACGUUGAGAGCAGAGGAAGGGAACGGUAUUUCGUCCACGCAUUUUAGGGUCAUUAGUUUCUACCCCUUCUUCUUUUUUCUUUCCUCGUCUGGGAUGCAAGCCUGAACCCCUCCCGCGUUGCAGAAAGAGCAUGAGCUGGGCGGAGGGCGAGUGGAAGGUGGGCCUCCCUGGGGGGGCCCUGCUCAAGAUCGACUCACUCGAGCAGCAGCUGGACCGGAUGCAGAAGGAGCGGCAGCAGCGCCAGAUGCAGCUGGACACCCUGCAGCAGACUCUGGACAAGCAGAGGCGCAAGCAGGAGGAGGAGAAGGCAUCGACCGUGCAGCUGGAGCGGGAGCGGCAGAACCUGCUGUCGCAGCUGGAGGAGUACGAACGUCGCCAGGCCAAGCUGCAGCAGGAGCUGGCUGCCAAGGAGUCCCAGCUCAGCUCGCUGGAGGUCAAGGCGGCCCAGGCCGGGACCCAGAGCGACCUCCCAGUGGCCCCGUGUACACCGACCUCGCGCAGGUUCCAGAGCUUCAGCUCCUCUUUGGACGAUGCGCCUGGCGUGCCACUUGUACAGCAGCUCCAGGGCAGAGUUCGGGAGCUCGAGGCACAGCUCAGAGUUUCAGAGAGUCGUCCGUCCAUCCCGCCGGGCACGCCGCAGAGAGGGCAAGGCGCCGACCGCGAGAACCACGCCAUGGACCGCCUCAGGGUGGAGAACGCCCAGCUGACGGGAAAGGUGUCGGAGCUGGAGCAGAAGGGGCGGCAGCUGAGCCAGCAGCUGGAGUGCCAGCUGCACAACAGCGAGGCCGCCCGCGGGGCCCUGGAGCAGCGCUCGCGCCAGAGGGAGGCCGAGCUCAAGGAGGAACUGCGCAUGCAGGCACAGGAGAGCGGCCGGCUGCUCAAGGAGCUGGGGGAGAGCCAGAGUCGCCUGCAGCAGGAGCUUGCCUGCAGCCAGAAGGAGCUGGGCGUGGUCAAGGCGCAGCUGGAGCGCAGCCAGGCCCACGCCCUGUCCCAGGACCGAACUGUGGGGGAGCUACGGCAGCAGGUGUCGUCCCUGGAGCAGCAGGAGCGGCAGCGCUCCGACCAGGUGGCCGAGGCCCACAGGAGCCUGAAGCAGCAGGAGCAGGCGCACCGGGCCCUGGAGGCCAGGUGCGAGACCUUGGCGGCCCAGGGGCGGGAAGCGGUCUCUGCCCUGGAGGCGUCAACCAGGGACCUGAGGGCCCGGGAGGCGGAGCUCCGCAGGUGCUCGACCGAGCUGGAGCAGCGGGAGCGAGACCUGGUGCAGCUCCAGGGACAGCUGGCCAACAGCCAGAGCCAAGCGUGUUCCCUCGAGCAGCAGAAGCAGAACAUGGAGCGAGAGCUCGCCCGCAGCCGGUCGGACCUGCAGAGAGAGACUGCCCACUCCAAGGAUGUCUCUAUGCAGCUGGAUGGCUUGCAGAAGAAGCUGGAAGAGCAAAGGAGGGCUGCGGAUUGUCAAAACGCCGCCGCGGAGCAGCUGCGGUCCGAGCUCGCCAAGGCGCGGCGAGAGUCCUCCGACGCCUUGUCCAAGAUCCAGGCGCUGGAGGAGGCGGCGCAGCAAAGCUCGGAGUCUGCACGCCAAUUCCUCGAGAAGGCGGUGCAGCUGGAUCGCAAGCUCGAAGAGGCGCAUAAUAACGGCGAAGUGUCCCGAAUCAGGGGUGAGGCGCUCGCAAAAUCUCUGGAGGAGAAAGAGGCCGACCGGGUGUCUUUGCUGAACUCGAAGAAAGAGUUGGAGCGGCAGCUGACGGACGCGACCGAACGUGCGGAGCGCCUCGCUUCGGACCUUGCCAGGGAGCGACGCGAGGCCGCCGAGGCGGCGGAGGUCGUCGCCGAGAGCCGGGAGGCCGCGGCCAGGUUGGCGAAGCUGAGGGAGGAACUGGACGUCGCCACCCAUUUACGGACGAAGGCCGAGGAGGCCCUGGAGCGGCUCGAGCGGGAGAAGGUGGAAGCGACCUCUCUGCGGGAGCUGUGCGAAGAGGAGUACGAGGGCCUGAGGGGGAUGCUGGGGGCUGCAGAGGCGAAGCUGGCGAGCAGCGAGGAGCGGGUGCGGAGCCUGGAAGGCUCUGUCUCGGAGGGCAGGACGGAGCGGGAGGCACUGGUGGGGACGCUGCUGGAGCGGGAGUCUGCCCUCUGGGAGCUGCAGGAGCGGGCGACUGCUCUGGAGGCCGAACUGGCGGAGGCGAGGCGGGCCCUGGCCGAGACUGACGCCCGGCUACGGGCCGGCGAGGACGAGGCUCGGGACCGGGAAGUCCGUCUGUCGAAGGCGGAAGCGGAGCUGCGGGAGGUUGCGGAGAAGGCGCUGAACCUGGAGCAGACUCGCGACGAUCUUCGGUGCCUGCUGGGGGAGAGAGACUCUGAGAUUGCCGCUCUGAGGGAGGCUCUCUCGCUGAAGGACGCGGCCAUCGAGGCACUGGAGGCUCGGGUGGCCGGUGUUUCGGGAAUGGAAGCGGAGCUCCGAAGACUGCGUGAGGAAAAACAGGACCUGGAGGGGCAACUUUUACAGCUUGUCUCUGACAACGCACUUGUCGUGGAGGAGCUGAACGGGCGGCUGUCGGAGAAAGUCCUGGAGCACAAUCGAGUAGCCGGAGAGCUGGAGGAAGCGGCAGCUUCUCUGCACAACCUACGACGAGACAAAGAAGACCUCCUCGCCGCGCAGCACGUUGCCGAAGGGGAGCUGGCCGCCCUGCAACGUGUCGCUGCCGACGCGGAAGCGGCACGCGACGCCCUUGCGGCCGACGCAGAGGAGAAGCGCGCCGCUGUCGACGCGCUCGAGGCCGAGGCUGAAGAUCUGAAGCAGAAGGUGCGCGAGCUGCUCAACAGGACCAAUGAGCUCUCGGCCGUAGAGGUUCGGGCGACGGAGCUGGAGGGCGAUCUGGCCGCGAGAGACGCCCAGCUGGAGGCACGGACAGCUGAGGCGGAGGAGCUGCGCCGCGUGGUGGCCACCCUCCUGCCCAGGGAUAAAGAGGCUGAGGAGCUGUGCCACUCCCUCUGCCAACGAAACGGGGAACUCGACGCGGCGCUCCUCGAAAACGCGGAUCUGCGAGCUCGGCUCCAGGAGCAGGAACGGGAGGCCGGGGAACAGCUGCAGGACGCGCUCGUGCGGUGCCUGGCCUGUGAGGAACAGAAUGCGGGCCUACGAGAGGCCCUGGCCCUGGAGGAAGCACGACUGGCCGCUGGCGAGGAGGCGCUGGCUGCCGCCAAGAGCAACUGGGAAGCCGAAGCUGUGGAGCGGCGCGAGCUGGAGCACACACUUGUAAAUCGGAAUGGGGAGCUCGACGAGAAGCUUCUGGAGCUCGCUGCGGCCCAAGAGCAACUGGCGUCCGCUUCCGCUCGCCUCUCAGAGCAGGAGGAGCAGCUGAGGACUGCCGAGCGGUGCCUCUCGCAGAAGUCCGGCCAGCUGGACGAGCUUCGAGAGCAGUGCGAAGCCACGGCGGAGGAGCUGAGCGCGGCCCGGCGCGAGCUGCAGGAGGCGAGGACGGUCGAGGCGGACCUCGGCAGGCAGCUGGAAGAGCGCGACCUCUCGCUGGCGGAGUUGCGGGAGGAGGUGGCCCGCCUGUGCCACGUUGAAGCCCUCUCCGCAGAGCUCCUGCUCAAGCUGGCCGCGGUGGAACGAGAGUGUGCCGACCUAGAACACCUGAGGCACGAGCUCGUGGAGCGCAAUGCGGAGCGGGACGAGCUGUACGUGUCGCUCCUGGGCUGCCGCGAGGAACUGCUGGACAAGGAGCACCGACUCCAAGUCGCGGCCGCCGAGAUCGCGGCGAGGGACGCGGCCCUGCGAACCCAGGUCGGGCGGCUUUCUCGACCGUCUGCCGGGGGCAGCGACGAGGAGAAGCCGUCGCGGGAGGGAGGAGACGCGGCGCCGGGCAUCGCCGCCGCGCUGCUGGAUGCACACUGCGCCACCCUGAGCUGCUUGGAGCACCGGACCGAGGCCCUGCGGAGCCUGCAGGCGCGACUGGAGCGGGAGAGCCUGGCAGAGGAGCCCCUCGGCGAGGCGGCGGAGGACCUGAGCGGGCGCGUGGCGGAGCUGGCGGCGGAGCGGGGGGCCCUGGAGCAGAGGCUGCGGGACGUGAAGAGGCUCGCUUCCGUGGCCCUGGACAAGAUGCGCGUCGACGUGGAGGCCCUGUCCGGGGUCGUCCGGGACGCCUGGGACAGUUCGGUGUCUAGCAAGUCUGACACGGUGCCCGAGAUGCGAGACGAGACGAUGGGAGACCAAGGUGUCGACGGCGGCCUGGACCCACUCGGCUCGCCGUGCCACCAGGCGGCGGGCAUGGGCGACUCGGACACGACGAACCUGUCUACUUGCGAACUGACACUGUCCUCUUCGGAGCGAAGUGGCAGCACCGAGGACCGCUUGGAGCACCGGCUGGCUCACGUGUGCCGCCUGCUGGGCACCCUGCGCCACUCGGUGCACGCGCUGCUGGAGCAGGUGCACCCGCCGGCGCUCGCCGACCCCGGGCUGCUGGCGUGCUACGCCGGCGAGAUUGAGCGGGAGCACGCCGCCCUCCACCGCUACUUGGUGUUGCUGCAGCAGAGGGUCUUCCGCAGGAGGCGCCAGUGCAGCACCGUCGACGUCAGGUCGGAGCUGCGCCUGGAGGGAGGCGACCUGAUCGAGGCGGCCGCCUCAAUUCGCGUCGCCUGCCGGCACACAGAGUCUGUCGAGGAUGAAGAGUCCUUUUUUUCCUUCGACGACGAGGCCCCCAGCUGCGCCACUCCGGAAGCGAGUCGCCGUCGCGAGUUAGAGGAGACUGUCGAGCAACAGAAGGCUGAAAAGCAGCGAGUCGGAUGCGGCCUCCUGGAGAUCUGGCACGGGCUCGACGGUCUGUUGCGGCACGUCGAGAUGGUUCGAGAGGACGAAGCGCGCGAAGAAGAGAGCGAGGAGGGACGGGCCAGGGUGAAGUGUCGCAAACUUUGUCGACGCCUGCAAGACUGGUUUUCGAGUUUCGACAGAUUCGUGGGGCUCGUUGGGAAAGUGCAGUCGCAGUUGGCCGGCGCGUUGGGCGGUGGGCCUUGUGCGCUGCCCGACACUUCGGCGCUCUCUUUUCUGGACGUCGGCCAUCUGGAGACCGUCCUGAACUCUGCCUUUUUGGAGGAGGAGAGGCUUGCCCGAGAGUGUGCGGCCCUUCGGGAAAGCCUGGCGCAGCGGGAAGCUGCGGAGAGGCGCGCUUUGGAAGAUUCGGCGUCCCUGAGAAGCGACUGUGCCAUGAGGGAGGAAGAGACGCGCUUGCUUCGCAGCCAGGUUGCUGCCCUCCAACAAGAUGCGACCAAGUUGGACGAGUGGCUGGUUGAGAAAGAGGCCCUGCUGAAGAAGAUCCACUCUCGCGACGAAACAGUUGACCUCCUCAAUCACGCUCUCGAAGAGGUGGAAGAGACGCUGCAAACGACGUGCAACGAGAAGGCGGAAUGCCAGAGAAAAUUGUCCGUUUUCGAAGAAGAGGUUCUGCAGCUCGGGAGCGCUCUCGAGCAGGCUCGAACGCAACUUUCCGAGAGGGUUGCGCUUCUCGAAGGUGAGCUCGCGGCAAGGGAGAUGCUGGUGGACGAGGCCCGGAGCACCGCACAAGUCCUGGAGGAAGAGCGGGGCACGCUGGCUGCGAGCCUGGAGCAGCGCGAGGAGAGUUUGGCAGAAGCAAAGGCCAACGAAGGCCUGCUGCGAGAGAGAGUGGCGAGCCUGACCGAGACGGUUUCGGCUUUGCAGGCCGACCUGGCUGUGGAGCUCUCUUCCCAGGACGCCCUGCGAGGUCGUCUGCUGGCCGGACAGGAAGAGCUGGCCCGCUGCCUCAGAGAUCUGGAGGUGCUUCGAGAAGAGAAGCGAGAGUUUGAUCGGCGACAAGACGAGGGCAGCUCUGAACUGGCGAAGCUGCAGAACGUCUUUGCGCAGAUACAGGAGGAACACGGAAGCCAGAUCCAGCAGCUUUUUGAAGAAAAGAACGGCCUGUUUGUUGAGGUGACUGAGCUGCGAGAAAAGUGUUCGCAGCUGAUGGCGGAGAAAGAACGCCUCGAGGAAGAAAAGCGGGCGGUGCUGAAACAGGCGGAAGAACAGGAGCAGGAGCUGCUGAGUACGGACUCACUCCACAAAGAGAAUGGGGUCCUGCGAGCAGAAGUGGACAAACUCACCGUCAAGGCCGAAGAAGCCAAGGAGUUGCAGGUGCGUGUCGACGCUCUGGAAGAAGAGAGAGGGCUUCUAGAGAAGAGGGUGGAGCUGCUGGGCUCGUUAGAGAACUGCGUGGAGCAACUGCAGGCGAGGUUGGGCACCGCAGAACGGCAGCGCACGAUCCUGGAGGAACAGCUUCGGCAACUCUCGGCAGCGGUACAAGAGCUCACGGCUCUCAGGCAGCACGUGUCGUUCCUCGAGGAAGAGUCGCUGGACGUCAAGUCACAGCUGGAAGAGGCCCAACGACGGGCGGGUGAGCUGCCCGAGCUGGAGCAUAGGCUCGGCUCCUUGGAGACCGCCAACGCGGAGCUGAGCGCACAAGUGGAGACGCUGGAGGACCGCAACAGAAGCCAGGCGUGCGAGCUGGAGCACCUGACACACCAACUGGAGUGCCUCCAGGCAUCCGCCGAAGAGUCGAGCGGGGCCCUGCAGGCGCUCAGGGACCGGCUUGCCGACCAAGAAGCGGAGGCGGCAGCCCUCGUGGCCCAGGCAGAGCGACGGGCCACUGAGCUUCGGGAAUACGAGGACCAACUGAGGAAGGCGGAAGACCGGAUUCGCGAGCUUUCAUCUUGCAAGUCGACUCUCGAAAGUAGACUCGCUGGCGAGGAGGCACAGAGGAUGGCACUCCUCUCCCAGGUCGAGGAGCGCACCUUGGAAUGCGAGGAGUACCGGACGCAGGCGUGGGCCAUGAAAGGUGAAAUUUCCGAGCUUACGUCCCUACAGUCGUCUCUCCAAGGCAAGCUCGCCCACGAGGAGGCGAAGACGGGAGAACUCGCCGCCACCCUGGCAGAACUCGAGCUUGCCUGUCAGGAACACCAGAGUCGACUGCGGGCUGCGGAAGACAUGAGCGAUGCGCUGUCGUCUUCGAAGUCUGUUGUGGAAGGCAAGCUCUCCGAGGCGAGGUCCGAAAUUCUGGAGCUGGAAGAGAGGUGCCGGCACUUGGAAGGAGACAACCGUCACCUGAAAUCGGCGGUUGAAGAGAGGAGUGCUGAAAUGGAGAAGCUCCAAGGCGACCUUGAUGGCGCUCGGCAAGAGCUGCAAGACAAUGGCCGGCUCCACGUUGCGGAGGUGGAAAAGCUGACGGCGUUGCGGAGUUCCCUCGAGAGGGAGCUUGCUCAAGCGGUUGGCGACGCGGAGGCACUGGGUCGGAGGUGCGAAAGCCUCGAGAGCUCUGGGGAGGCCCUGGUGCGGGAGGUGGACAUACGCUCCAUCAAAGUACAGCAGCUGGAGUGCUCGCUCGCUGCCCUGGAGCAGCGGCAGCGCGUCGAGAGGGAAGGGCAGGAGGCCGAAGUGGCUCGGGUGUCGUUGCUGAAACUUGAGCUGGACGAGAGACUGCGGCUAAAGGAGGUCGAUCUGGCAGACGCGCAGGCGAGGCUGCGGGAGCUGGAGGCAACGAUUUCGGAGCUGCAAGCCAAACUAUCCGCGUCCGAGUCCCAGUGCGACGAGCUGGAAAGCAAGUCAAGCGCAGCUCUGGCCACAGCGAGGCGAGAGGAGCACAACCGGCGCAACCUGAAUGCGGAGGCAGAGCAACUGCGCACCAAGCUGACCCAGGCGGAGGCUGAGCUGGCACAGCUGAGGGAUUCCUCCAGGACCCAGGGGGAGGCCGCGCUGGAGCGCCUGCGCCAGGAGCUCUCCUCGAGCAAGGAGAGCGAGCUGAAGGCAUGGAGCCGCGUGACGGCCCUGGUCAAGGAGCUGCAGCACACCAAGGAAAGCGUGGCCUGGCUGCGCUCGCGCAUGCGCGUCUACAAGCAGCGCAUCUCGGACCUUGGCAAAGCGGAGCCCCCCAGCUCGGAGGGCAAGGAGGGUGCCACUUCCCCGGUCAGGGACGCUCGCAAGACGGCGCAUCCCUCCCCGGCGGCGGCAGCGCCGUCCCCCGUGGUGACGCGCCUCAGCCUGCGGUCCCAGAGCCCCAGCAAGGCCCGGCUGUGCCUGACGGUGUCGGCAGUGCGCCAGUCGCCUGCGAGCUCCGCUGUCGGCGCUGCCAAGGUGCCAUGGCAGCGGCAGGUUCCCCCUGGCCAGCCAACGAGCGCCACCAAAAGGUCUUUGUUUGCUGACGUACCGGCAAGCGUCCGAGCAAGGACAGCGGUGGGGGUGAACCCUCCGGGCGGGAAGGAGCCUGAGGAUACGUCCCGGGCGCUGGCCGGAGUGGCGACCAGGAACCGGAGGCAGCCGGCUGCACAGGGGCCGACGAGCGGCAAGCAGCACGGCAGGCCGACCGGAGCAGAGUCCCCGCCCGUGGCCGGCAGGGACAAGGAGAAUGAGGUGGGGCCCAAGCGCAAGAGCCCGGAGGCCGGCCUGCGCCCCCGCACCAGGAGGUUGAGGCAGCAGCUGGAGGCCCCGGGGACGCCUCUGGGGAGGGACUCUGCCAACCUUCCUGCAAGUGGAGAUACCACGCGGACCUCCGGCAAGAGGGCCGCCGGCGCGUCCCCAGUGGUGCCCCCCAGGGCUCCGGCGCGAGUGCUCCCCUCCAGGGGCGGCGUGACCACGCGAGCACGCCGGGCGGCUGCCUCAGAGUCCCACGGCGAGGACCCUGAAGACUGCAAAGUGCAGUAGCGGGCGCCUCUGGGGCCUCGCUGCCCUCGACCGCCGAGCCGGCUGGGGAGCGGGAGCGGUGUUCGUGUCGAACCGGAUCGGUCGCUCCCGCACCACGUUCCUGCUUCCGGCAUGUCUGUGAGAGCGCUGCGUCCUCCGGGAGGGCUCUAAGAAAAAAGCACAUUUUAUGUUUUUAAAUAUAAUUACCUACUCUUUAAUUUAAUAAUAUCGUUAAUACCCGCUAGGCCAUUAGAAUGAUUAAUUGCUUUACGGGUACUAUUUUUUUUUUUUUCUCAUUGGGCAAACACCAGGGCUGGAGACCGAGUUUGGGCAACUCGGUGUCCAGCUCUGGUGCAUUUUUAUACUGUCGAGUCGAGUAUUUUACAUUAUGGUUCGCGUUAAACAAUCAUCACUGUAUUAUUUUGGUGAAUGUAUCGAGUGUACUUUUGGACCAAUUCAAUAAACUUGUAGUGUCUCGAC